GGGCGUUUCAUAAAGUGAAAGGUUUUGUAAAAUGUUUUUUGGUGGAAAUCUUAAUAAAAGGCCUGAAGAACGGGACUGGUUCUAUAGCCCCAAAUUUCAGGAAACGCAAAAUAAAACAUCAGUAUGGAGAACUUUUAUUUCAAAAGUUGGAUGUUACUUUCGAAUGUUCUUCAGUACAUCUUCUAUUCACGGAUUGAAUCAUCUGGUGGCUAUCGGACGACAUUCGCUUGAAAUCACCCUCUGGAUGGGCGUGGUGUGCCUCUCCAUCUACGGCUCUGUCUACCUGUCCCUCUCCACGUGGCUGCGCUACCAGUCAUCUCCCACCAUCAUCUCCAUGGACCGGGACAUGUUCGCGUGGAACACCACCUUCCCCUGCGUCACCAUCUGUCCGGACAACAAGAUCGACCAGAGGAAGCUUAGGGCGUUUGUUGAAGAUUACGAUGCAACAGAAAGAGAGAAAUUGGAAGCAUUCAUAAUAGCCUUGGCCAAUACAACUUACGAAAAUCUCGAUUUACUUCCUGAGUUUGAUGGAUUACGUCCGUCGCAGUACAUGGAUACUUUGCUGAAACUCACGCCAAGUUUUACACCAACAUUGACCAUCGGAGCUGCUGGAAUCCAUCUUAAUAUUGAGCCUACUAUAACAGAAAUGGGACUUUGCUAUGCUGUCAAUUCCAAAGUGGCUAUUUAUAAUUCACCUGCAUUCCGCAGUUCAAACCGUUGGGAUAAAAUCAAAAAAUACAACGAUACCUUUUUCGUUCAUCCUCUUGAUGGUGAAGUAUUUGCGCAAGUCAUAAAUUUAUCUACUUCCUACGAUGUCUACAUACAUGGUCCUGCAGAAGUGCCGGACAUAGUGUCGAAGCAUCAACACUCCGCUGAAGAUUUCUACAUGAAACUGUACGUCACCGCCACCACCGUGUACACUUCAGCUACAGCAGCCAAACUGAGCGUGGGUCAGAGGCGCUGUCGCUUCCUGGACGAGAACAUCCUGGCCCACAGCGCCGUGUACACCUACACCAUGUGUCGCAUGGACUGCCGCGCGCGCCUAGCUCUCCGCUACUGCGGCUGCGUGCCGCACUUCUACAGGAAUAUUGGAACAGAAAGAAUAUGUGACGUGAAGCGUUUGCGGUGCCUCGACAAAUACAAAGAGGAACUAAUGAACUUACGAGUGGAGAAAGCAAAUUCCAGCGUCAUCAUUGAUUGUGAAUGUUUACCGAACUGUGAUGACGUCACCUACGUCAUACAGUCUUAUGUGCUACAAGAGUGGUUCCUGGGCACCAACCUGCAGUGGGGCAUCGUCACGUACCCGCGCAUGAGAUACAGCAGAGACAUCAUCUUCGGAUUCACCGAUGUGCUUGUGGCGGUGGGCAGCAUGGCGGGGCUGUUCCUGGGCUGCAGCGCGCUCAGCUUCAUGGAGAUCAUCUACUUCAUGACAUUAAGGCUGUUCUGGUAUAUACUUGGGAAAUAAGGGCAUUGAGCGGUUUUAACAAAAAAAUUAACAUUAGUCAUUAAUAA